AUGAUCUCCUCGGUUUUCCUGCCGGUCAUUGCGGCCGCCUUACUACCUACUUCUGUUGUCACGCGAAGAACCAACACAACAACAGCACCCACCGUGCAAGUCCGCAAUGGCACGUACGCCGGCCUAUACAAUCCCACUUACGAUCAAGACUUGUUCCUCGGCAUACCUUACGCACAGCCUCCUACUGACGAGCUACGCUUCCGCCCACCACAAUCCCUCAACACCACCUGGAACGACACCCGGCCUGCAACAGCCUACUACAAUGAAUGUAUCGGCUACGGCAGCGACGAUUGGCCCUGGACCGAUGUCGUUUCUGAAGACUGCCUUGCUCUCAGCGUGAUUCGACCCCAUGGUAUCAACUCGAGUGCGAACCUGCCUAUCGUCUUUUGGCUCCAUGGCGGCGAGUUCGCAGAAGGAGGCACUCGUGACGCGCGCUACAACCUCUCCUACAUCGUCCAACAAUCCGUAGAGAUGCAAUCUCCCAUAAUUGGCGUGACUGUUAACUACCGCCUUUCAGGCUGGGGCUUCCUCUACAGCGAAGAAGUCGCCGCCGAAGGCUCCGCGAAUCUAGGACUUCGCGACCAACGGCUAGCCCUAUACUGGGUCCAAGAAAACAUCGCCUCCUUCGGCGGCGACCCGUCGCGGGUCACUAUCUGGGGUCAAAGUGCCGGUGCCAACAGCGUCGGCCUCCACAUGGUGGCCUACAAUGGCCAAAACGACAAUAUCUUCUGGGGUGGGAUCGCCGAGAGCGGCGCCGUUCCCUCCCUCGCGGCAUACAUGAGCGCCUCCGACUCCCAACCAUACUAUGACGCCGUCGUGAACGCUACAAACUGCACGGGCGCCUCCAACACCCUCACCUGUCUCCGACAAGUCCCCACCGCCACCCUCAGCUCCAUCUUCAACAGCUCCCUCGUUGCAGGAGCAGGCUAUCACCCCGUCAUCGACGGCACCUUUCUCACUACCUCUGGAAUCACCAACCUUUUCACAGGCCAAUUUACCAAGACCCCGCUCCUCAUCGGCACCAACUUUGACGAAGGAACCAAAUACGCCCCCCAUAGCUGCAAUACAACCGACCAAUUCCUCUCCCUCGUCCAAUCCAACGGAACAAACUACACCAGCGCGCUCACCAUCGCUUCGCUGUACCCGGAUGACCCCGCCGUCGGUAUCCCCGGGACUCUCCACGGUCGCCCCCCACCAUCAUACGGGUAUCAGUGGAAGCGCGUGGCCGCAUUCUUGGGAGACCUCCUCAUGCAUUCGCCCCGCCGAUUGACAACUCAAUCGCUGGCACGGUGGAACGUGACUUCAUACGUAUACCACUGGAACGUAAUGACACUGGGCCCAUUAGAUGGGGCAGCGCACGGUUAUGAGAUCCCAUUCUCGUUCCAUAAUUACGAUUAUCUCGGCGACGAACAAGGAAAUGCCAACGUGACCUGGCCGCAGUUGUCGACUAUGAUGUCUCGCAUGUGGGUGAGUUUUAUUAAUCAUUUGGAUCCGAAUUAUAAUAAUGUGACGAAUGUACACUGGCCGGCUUACACAUUGGAUCAUCCACGAAAUAUGGUCUUUGAUGUAAAUGUGACGGGAUUGGCCUAUGUCGAGCCGGAUACCUAUCGGGCCGAGGGAAUUGGAUAUAUCACCAGUAUCUUGCAGAGUGCUUUUAAUCGAUAAGCUUUAGGGCUGAGAGUUUAUUAGUCAUGUGUCUAUGACGUGAGAUAAGCUAGGAUUGUUAAUG